CAAAGGACCCUUUCAAUUUCCAUUGAUCGGAUCAGCUCCCUACAUUUGGAGAAAAGGUGGUGUUACCAAAAUGGUUCAUGUAUUCCGAUCGUUAUAUCAAGAUUUUGGACCAAUUGUUGAAUUAUCGGCAUUGGGAAAGAAGAGUGUUGUAAUCUUUGAUCCGGAUAUGUAUUUACAAGUGCAUAGAGCAUGUGGAUCGUGUCCAUUUGGAGCUACGGACACACUGUGGAUGUUACAUGCCUACUUUGAGAAUCGUAAGAAAUUGGAUUCUGGAUUUAUGAAGAUGGAUUAUGGAAGUGGUGAGGAGUGGAUUCGUGUGAGGAAGCCAAUGCAGAAGGGUUUGUUUGUUCCAGAAUCUUCUACGUAUUAUUCUGAACAUUUGAAUGAAGUUUGUCAAGAUGCUUCCAGGUUGAUUGUAAUGGAAAUGCAAAAGGGAAAAUCAUUGCAUGAAUUUUUACAGAGAUUGAGCUUUGAAAUGGUUUCUUAUUCAUUGUUGGGGAAGAGGAUGGGCGCUUUGACAAAUGAUGAGCCAUUGUUGAGAGCUACUAUUAGAUCAAUUGAGUGUGCGAGUGCCAUGAUGAUGAGUCCAAUACAGGAAUAUAACAUGACCUUGAAUACUAGAUUGUGGAAAGAUUGGGUCAAGAGUGUAGAUUACAUGUUGGAAAGAACUGCUGAAAUUAUUGAAAAUGCAAUUCAGAGUAAGAGCAAAAAGUCAUAUAUUGACAUUUUGAGGGAAAAUAAUGAGUUGACAAUGAGUCAAAUUGUUUCAAAUAUUCCUGGAUUAAUGAUGGCUGGAUUUGAGACUGUGGCUUCAACUCUAAGUUGGACAUUGAUUCAUUUGGCUCAAAAUGAACAUUGUCAAGCAAUUUUAUAUGAGGAAAUUCAAAGAGUUCUUGGAGAUCGGCCAUUCCAAAAGGAUGACAUUUCACACAUGCCUUAUUUGAAGAGUACCAUUAGAGAAGUUCAUCGUUUGACUCCAACUGCCUUUGCAAUUCUCAGAAGAAUGGACGAACCUGUAGUGAUUGAUAAUUAUGAAAUCCCAGCUAAGGCAUGGCUCUGUUUCAGCCCUGUUGGUAUUUCAAUGGAUCCGAAAUUUGUGGAAUCUCCAGAAGAAUUCAAUCCUGGACGAUAUCUCAAUAGAGUUGCAAGAGAGUGGCCACUUUUUGAUCAUCCACUGAUGAGAGAUGGUUUCGGAUAUGGUCCAAGAAAAUGUUUGGGUUUCCGAUUGGCUGAGAUGGAAAUUUGGACAGUCAUUGUAACAUUAAUAAGAGAUUAUCAAAUAUCACUAGCUCCUGGUACUAAAAAAUUCGAUAUUGUCAAUCAUGCUGCAACCUAUCCAUCUCCAACUCCUCAAUUAAUAUUUAAAAAGAGAACCUAA